AUGACAGAUCGCAAUGUAACACGGUUCCUAUGGCUUCGCGAUCCUACAAAACCCGUCACCACAGCCAACCUAGUGAUCUACCGCUUUUGCCGAGUUCCAUUUGGCAUUGUCGCUAGCCCGUUUCUUCUCGCCGCCACAGUUGACCACCAUCUCCAACAGCAACAGACAGGGACAUGCGAUGAUGUACGUCGCAGUAUCUAUGUUGACAACGUUGUCACCGGGCAGAGCAGCGUCCAGGAUGCUACUGCAUACUACAGAGAGGCAAAGGACGCCUUUGCCAGUGCCACCAUGAACUUGCGUGAAUGGGGUACCAACGAUCCUGACUUCAGAGAUGCUCUAGCUCCUGAAGACAAGUCUAGCUGUGAUGUAAUGAAGGUACUGGGUAUGUCAUGGGAUACCAAUCGCGAUACUCUGUCGACGGCAAAGUCAGCCACAAACCAGUACUCCGUCAUUACCAAAAGAGAUGUCCUCCGCAGCAUAGCCCAAUUCUAUGAUCCGAUGGGCCUGUUCUCCCCGGUCAUCAUGCGUGCGAAGAUCCUAGUACAGAGUAUAUGGAAGCUACAUGUAGACUGGGACUCUCCGCUGCCUGACGCUCUCGUUCAUGAAUGGAAGGAUAUCCUGUCCGAUCUGUCCUGCGCAAGUGACGUUGCCAUUCCUCGCUUCAUUGGACCAAAAAUCCACGUCGACAAGGUCACCUAUGAACUCCACGUCUUCUGUGAUGCGUCUCAAGAUGGUUACGGUGCAGCCGCGUACCUGUGUGUGAGACAAGUUGACGGUGCCUAUUCGUCAGUUGACCUGAUCUACAGCCGAACACGAGUCUCGCCCAUCAAAGCAACAAGUAUACCACGUCUAGAGCUCCUAGCAGCACUCAUCGGCGCCAGGAUCAUCAAAUUUCUGAAGAAAGAGCUUCUGGGCGCAGUUCACAUCUCAGCUACCCACCUGUGGUCUGACUCACAGUGCGUGCUUGGCUGGAUUAAGAAUACUGAGAAAUCGUACCCUGUCUUCAUCGCCAAUCGGUUGAAGGAAAUCCGUGCAGACCAGAGUGUGUGCUUCAACUAUAUCCGUACAGCCGACAACCCAGCCGACCUACCAUCCCGUGGAGCAUCGCUAGCCACACUGACAGACAGUACAGCUUGGUGGUGUGGUCCAGAAUGGCUUCGAGAUCCUCCUGUACACUGGCCCAAAGACGUCAUCGAUGCUCCUUCCACAGUACUAUUCGCGGCGGAGGGUCCUGCGGAAACCGAGACCAGCAGCAAGCCAUCACCGCUGAGUAUAGAUGAGAGCAAGUAUACUUCGUUUGAGAAGCUAGCCCGUGUAACAGCAUACGGUAUCAAGUUUGUCAAGAGAUGCCGUCAACAGACCACAUGCGGCACUCAUUUGUCUGCUGCUGAAAUCGACAACGCCAAACAUCUGUGGAUUCAACAUGUUCAAGCAACACACUAUACACCGGAGAUUGAGGCUAUCAAAAGCAACGCCAAGAACAAGCUGGUCCAAAACCUUGCGCUCUUUCUAGAUGAACAUAACCUCAUCCGCUGCAAGGGUCGAUUGGAGAAUUCAUCCCUACCAUACUCAGCGAAGUAUCCCAUCCUUCUACCUCGUUCACAUCCAGUAACCACAGCUAUCAUCAAUGACUGUCACCGCAUGGUGCUGCACAGUGGAACUAACCAUACCCUAUCGCGAGUCAGGUAUGACUAUUGGGUCCCCAGAGGACGACAAACCGUCAAGACUGUACUCAAGAAAUGUGGUGUAUGCAAGAGGUUCAAUGGUCGGCCGUACUCGCUACCGAAAAUGGCACCCUACCCUCCAGAGCGCGUAGCUGAGUCUAAACCGUUCACACACGUUGGCGUCGACUACUUUGGCCCAAUGACAGUCAGAGAACAUGGACUCAUCCACAAGGUAUGGGUGUGCCUAUUUACGUGCAUGGUCACACGUGCCAUCCACCUCGAGCUUGUUGCUGAUAUGACCACAGAACAGUUCCUGAUGGCAUUGCGCAGAUUUGUGGCAAGAAGAGGAGUACCGCGCAAGAUCUUCUCUGACAACGCUCAGCAAUUCCUGCUUUCGAAAUCGACUCUACAGCUUGCUUGGGAAGCCAUUGUGAAGGAUGACCACACUCUUAAUUAUGCUGCUUCCCAUGGAAUCGAAUGGAUUUGCAUUGUGCAACUCUCCCCAUGGAUGGGCGGGUUCUAUGAACGGUUGAUUGGAAUCGUGAAGAAAGCCCUCCGUAAGUCUAUUGGCAGACUAGUUCUCGGAACAACGGAGCUGUCAACCAUUCUCGUCGAAGUUGAAGCAGUAGUAAAUUCACGACCGCUGGUGUACGUAAGCGAUGAGAUCUAUACGGUCUUGACACCUGCCCACUUCUUAUCAUUAUCAGCCGAAAUCAGUCUACCCCAAGGGCAUGUAGAAGAGGACCCUGAUUUCGCCCCAACAAUGUCGUCAGCGGAACUGCUACUUUCUACGUGGAAGAAAGGUCAGAAGCGAUUGAAUGAGUUUUGUAACUGUUGGAGAUCUGAAUACCUAACCAGUCUACGAGAACGGCAACAAUCGCAGUUGAAACAGGUUGCUCAUUCUACCGUGAAGCCAAGGAUUGGACAUGUGUGCCUCAUCAAGGAUGACGCGCCCAGAGGUAUGUGGAAACUGGGUAUCAUCAGCGAACUUCACGCUAGUCGUGAUGGAGAAACGCGUUCCGCCACUGUGAGGACGCCCAAUAACAAGCUCCUACGGCGCUCACUACAGCACCUAUAUCCGUUGGAGUGUGAGUCUGCUCGACCUGCUGACCACUCGUCGAAUGAACCACAGCCUCCCGCUGUAACCAACGACGCACACGUCCCUGCAACAGCUUCUCGACCGGUAAGACGAGCUGCUAUCGAAGGCUUAGGACGUGUCCUGGAUUUGCACGAGGCAGACUUGGUUUAG